AUGGAAAGUAGUUUGUCAUAUCUUGAAUACGAUUCUAUAUUGAUCGUAGCCCAACAUAAGGAUUCAGAGCAAUUGAUGACUCAAAGACUGCGAGAGUUAGUUACGACGAACAAAAAGAAUACGUCUAUUGUGCAAAAUAGUGGUGUAUGGACGAGUAACCCCGAAUCGUAUCCUUCAAUCGGCAUUCCAAAAAGAUUUGAAAUACAAUCUUAUGAAAUUUUUACGGUUUACGUUUAA